UAUGAAUCAAUAGAGCACAACAGCUAAUUUCCAGAGGUGUGUGUUGGAGGUGGGUCUUAGUUCAACUUUCUUUUUUUUAUUUUUUUACAUAGACUUCAGACUCAGGCAAACUAGCUCGUGAUGGAUGGCUCAUCAGUAGAAGAAGACAGUCAUCUGACUUGAGACUAAUCACCACCACCACAACAAGACGAAGCCGCUUGACAGCCUUGACCUUUAAGGGGUAAGAUAGAUCACUCCCAAAAAGACUCAACACUUGGAAAGAAACAAGAUGACCCAGCAGGCUCAUCCCUUCUCCCUCCCUUCUGAUCAUCCACCCCAUCUCCACACCCCCCUCUCCCUCAGAAUAAUGCCAUCCUACCAGUCACUCCUACCUCAACAACAACAACAACAGACUCAACAACAACAACAACACCAUCAUCAUCAUCAUCAACGAAUCCCAAUCACCUCACAAUCUCGCCCUCCUAACUAUCCUACUACAGCCAACAAACACUUCCGAUCAACUGGGCCAUGUCCACCUAUCCACCCUCCAUCAUCCCCCCCUCAAUCGAACCAUCAAACCAACUCACUCCAUCCAACUCCAUCUACCAACAACCCCAACCACAAUCACUCUCACUCUCACUCCCGACCGCCGGCCAUCGAACUCUCUACUCCCGAUCAGACUCCAUCCCCCUCCCUGCCCAUCAGACCUCCCCCAAUGAACAAGAUCGCCGAGUUUGCGGCUCAGAUGAUGUGCUACCUCUGGUUUGCUGAACCUUCAUCCCUCAGGCGCACCCAAGCCUUUCACCAACACCAACAACAACAACAACAGCCAACUCUAUCUCCCCCAGCCACAUCCUCAUCUUUCUCUGAUCCCUCCGAUUCAUCUCCCACAGCAACAACAGCAACAACAACAACAUCUGCAGCUAAUACUUCAAUGGCUCCAGCAACCCAAUCAGCCUCAACCUCAUCAUCAUCAUCAUCAUCAUCAUCAUCAUCAUCAAUCACAAUCACUCAAGCCCAACUAGUGCCCAACCCUGAAUUCGUCAUGUUCAUUCACAACUUGCUCAAUACCACCCAAGUUUCACACUCGGUCGUCUUACUCGCACUGUUUUACAUCCAUCGACUCAAGUGUCUUAAUCCGAUCAAACCCAACUCGAAAAGUGAAUACCGAAUCGGCGUGGUGAGUCUAAUGCUGGCUAACAAGAUGCUCGAUGAUCACACAUAUACUGCCAAGACGUGGUCAGAAGUAUCCAGAUUGCCGUUGGCAUCGCUCAACGAUGGCGAGAUUGAAUUCCUUCGGGGUUUGCACUUUGAGCUGCAUGUCAAUAUCCGAGAUUUCAGCGCGUGGUUCAAGCUCUUGCACGGGAUGGUCCACCUCAAGGACCGCCAUACGGCCAUCGCCCUUGCCUCUGGACCCCGGACUCGUUGGUUCAAAAAGAUGCGGGUGGCCUCGGCCGAAGGACUCAGUGUUCUCGAAGGCCUCGUCUCUCCGAUCCGGAACUCCAAGCUGAUGAAGGUCGAGGCGGAGAAGGAGAAGAAGAAGAAGAGCCUGGCCGCCGCCGCCGCCGCCCAGCCUCGCGAGAUCUUGGACAUCCCUCCCUCCAGAUUCCAUCCUGCUCCUGCUCCUGCUCCUGCUCCUGCUCCUCCUCCUACCCGAAUCCAGGCUCAGCCCUCACAUCCUUACAAUCUUCGUCGCUCUGCAAGAGGCCUGGUCGUCUCCUCCACACACACCACCCCCAUCCAACAAUUCCCUCGAUGGGAUGGAUCACCCUCAAGUGUCUCAUCAGUCUACUCGGCCAUCGUGCCCUCCAGCGCACUAUCGAUGACUCCUCAACAACAGAUCGAGCUCAGGGAGCGACAGAUCGCCUCUCUGCCGCCACGCUCGCGGACGAUCCAUUACCCGAACGGAUAUCCAACUCGGCUGAACACCUCGGGCAAGCGGAACGUGGACGAGUAUCUUUCCUCUCAGGAUCAGUUGGAGGAGAACAUGAACGAGUUCAAUCGUCAGAAGCGGAUGAGCUCGAUCAGCACCUCCGUCUCAUCCUCCACACGGAUCCCGAGCAGUGUUCAAACGCCGAGCUCGCAGCAACUCUUGAGUCAGCUAGCCCCGAUGGUCUCCCUGCAGGAUGCCAAUGGGGCCUAUCUGGGCACGGCGAUCGUCCCGACCCACGCCAACGGACACGCGAACCGACCGGAGCUAUGUUUCCGGUCGAUCACCGCCGGCCGGCGCGGCGGGCCAGACGAGGUGGUCCGUCAGGAGGUCCCGCAAGGCUCGGUGUAUGUCUUUGGCAGCGAGCCCUGGAAGCGGGGGACGCCGAUGAUGGAAGACGGGAAUCUGGAGGCUGACCGGCAGCCCAAACGGGCCAGCUGCUUCUACUCCAACUUCUCCAACGCCGGUCUUCCCGGGGUGGUCUGGGCCGAUGGCCCUAACCUCCCCCAACACGCUCGCUAUCCUCCCACCCAGAACAAUCAUCCUCCUCCUCCUCAUAACCAUAACAUUAAUCCCGAGUUCUUCAUCCAUUCUUCCGCCCCUCGUUCCGCCAUCCAUCUCCCCCCUCUCGCCCUCUCUCCUCUCCAACACCCGUGCCCCCAGUCUCAGUCCCAACUGAUCGAACCCCUCCGUCAUCAACAUCUUCAUCAUCAUCAUCCGCCUCUUCAUCAUCAUCACCAACAACAUCCUCCUCAUCCUCAUCCUCAACUUCAUCAACUUCCCAAUCCUCAACAACAACUUCAACAUCAUCAUCAUCAACAACCGUUUUGAUCAGGUUCUCCUUUUGACUUCUGAUUAGCCUUUGAUUCAUUGUCCACUCAUCUCCUCAUCCUCCUUGACAUUUUCUUUUCUUUCUUAUGGUUUUCUUUCGAUUCACUCCUGUGUUUAAUCCGCCGACGAACAGAGACUCAUCUUGCCUUCCUUACAUACAAGCCUCCUCUCUCCUCAUCCCCAUAUUCUUUUUGUUUCCACCUCUCAUAUCAUUUCUUUUUCUAUACUUAUCCUGUUGUUGUUUAUUGUGUGUGAAUGUGUGAAUGUGUGAAUGAGAGAGACAAAGAGUGUGGGUGGGCGUGUGAAAUGAAUGUUGUGUAUUUAUGUAUGAAUGUGUGUGUGUGUGUUGUUGAUGUGUGGUGGUAUUCUCAUUUGACAUUUGUGUGUGUAUGAAAG